CGAUACGAAAGAGCCGACAAAGAAUUUAUUUGGAAAUGAACCUCACAUGUACCUGUAUGAUCAAGCUCCUGAUUACCUCAAACACAAUCCGUUUAUUCAUAGUGGCUAUCGUGUUUAUCUGUCAACUCAAGAAUGUGCCAGGAGUCUUCUGUGGUGGUCCAAUGAAACAUUAAACAUUUGGAGUCAUAUCAUCGGCUUUGUGUUUUUCUUGGGGCUCUUAAUCUAUAAUUCACUAGUGGUCAUACCCCAGUUGCACCCGUUUUUUGAAGAUGCUUUCAUAAAUACUUGUGUAAUUAUCAGUUUUCUCGUUACAACGUUUUUCUCCGUUAUUUAUCAUACGUUUGGUUGUUGUUCCGAGUCGGCAUACGCCAAGUGGCUCCACUGGGACUUGGCUGGAAUAACUGCCACUCUGGCUGCGAUCGUCACCUCGGGAGUUCACUACGGUUUCCACUGUUUUCCCGAGAUGAAAGUGUUUUACCUGUCCAUCAUUGGGUUAUUGACCGCUGGAGCUUUAAUACUGCACUUUCACUCGUAUUUCCAGACGAAUACCUUUCACUACCUCCGAGUGUCCUUGUUCGUUCUGUGGGCAGUGUUCGGUGUCGUGCCAACGUUCCACUGUUUUCAUCUUUACGGCGGAUAUGACAACCCCAUCAUGCAGACACUACUCCCGCGUAUAGGCGUCAUGUACCUGCUUUGUGGUACCGGAUUUGCUUUCUACAUCACUCGCUUCCCAGAGUGUUGUUUUCCCGGAAGAGUGGACUUUGUAGGAUCCAGCCAUCAAGUCUGGCACGUGUUGAUAAUAGCAGCGAUGUACUGGUGGUAUCUGACCGGAACUGCGUUCGUCCACCUUCGAUCUCUUAACACCUGUAGCCACGAGAUGUUCGCGCAAAUCUAUUCAACGGAUAUCUUUGCUAUCCGAUCCUAAUAUCGAACGGAUAGGCCAGAGGUAAAGCAGCUAGUCGACAGUACCCACCGCCAACUUCUUAGCUACUCUUUCCUGAACGGGUAUUA